GUUCAAAUCCAGAUGGACAGCUAUACCCUCCGCUGAUCACCGCUCCGUCUACCAGAGCUAUUACAGGUCUUCAGGGCUGAAACAUGAGCGACUUCUUGACCCUCUCCACGGGGCAGAGGAUGCCCGUGGUCGGACUCGGCACAUGGAAGAGUGCUCCAGGACAGGUGAAGCAGGCCGUGCUGGCAGCGUUGGAUUGUGGGUACAGACACAUUGACUGUGCUGCUGCGUACGGCAACGAGCAGGAGGUGGGGGGGGCUCUGUCUCUCAGGGUCGGCUCCGGGAAGGCUCUGCGUCGUGAGGAUGUGUUUGUAACAUCCAAACUGUGGAACACCAAGCAUGACCCGGAGGAUGUGGAGGAGGCCUGCAGGACCAGCCUGGCCCACCUGGGUCUCUCCUACCUGGACCUGUACCUCAUGCACUGGCCCAUGGCCUUCCAGCGGGGGAAGGAGCUGAUGCCUCGGAGGGACGAUGGAAGUAUUUGUUACUCUGACACACACUACAGAGACACCUGGGCAGCCAUGGAGAGCCUGGUGGACGAAGGUCUGGUGAAAGCUAUCGGACUCUCCAACUUCAACGCCAGGCAGAUGGAUGACAUCAUCAGCAUGGCCAGACACGCCCCUGUGGUGAACCAGGUGGAGUGCCAUCCUUAUUUGUCUCAAGCAGAUCUCCUGUCUCACUGUCGGUCCGUGGCAGUGUGUGUGACGGCCUACAGUCCUCUGGGCAGCGGGGACAGACCCUGGGCCGCUCCAGAUGACCGGAGUCUGCUGACGGAUCCUCGACUAGCAGCCAUCGCACAGAGAUAUCAGAAAACACCGGCCCAGGUCGUACUCAGGUGGCAUGUUCAGAGAGGCGUGGUGUGCAUCCCUAAGAGUGUGACGCCCUCCAGGAUCCAGCAGAACCUGCAGGUGCUCGACUUUUCUCUGUCUGCAGACGACAUGAAGCUGCUCGAGUCCUUCAACUGCAACCAGCGCCUCAUCGUCCCAGCGGUGGAGAGGGAUGGCAAGAGAGUGUGGAGAGAUGCAGAACAUCCUCAUUUCCCCUUCAAUGAUCCUUACUGAGGCGACACAAGAUAGAUGCAAUAGUGUUUUUAACAUGAUUGUCACAAUAAAAUAUGGAAAAAAA